AAGCAUAUGAAUAAAAAUUUUGUUUACAUACAAAUAAAUUGACAUAACCUUUUGUAUUGCAUUUUCUUUAUUAUAUUUACAUUUAUUUUCGAUAUUUUUAUUAUUAUUGUUUUAUAAUAUCUUUUAUAUUUUGUAUUGCGUUUAAUUUAAAGUAGUUACUGCGAUGGCGUUACCCUGGAAUAUUCCUUUGGAAAUGGCACCAAGCCUAAAGCACGAAAAUUCAAUAGCAAGGCCAUCAUUACUCAAGCAUUACUGUAAUAUUAAUAUUCAUGAAAAACCUAUUGAAGAAUUACAGACAGGUCUAAUGUGCGACAUUGGAACAAUGAAUCGUGAUGCCGCUUUUAUACAAAGACUUAUAGCACGGGGUAUGACUAUAGUCAAGUUGGACUUAGUAGAUUUAGAACCCGAUGCUUGCGCACAGUUAAUUCAAAGCAUAAGGCAAGCUGUAUACAACUAUAGUAAGGAUUUGAAGUACGUUUAUCCUCUAGCCAUGAUGGUAGAUAUUCACGGCCCUGCUAUUGUAACUGGAGAUUUAAAAAGUGGGCAAAAUGCUGUAGUUGAAAUUCAUCAGAAUAUGACAAUUAAAUUGAGUGCAGACGAUAGCUGGAAAGAAAGCGGAACAUCUGAUUGUCUUUAUGUAGGGUAUGAUCAAUUAAUGCAAUUACAAUCUGGUGAUAUCAUUUUUAUCGAAAGCUUGAUGCCUGGAGAAAAAAUCCAGCUCUCUGUGUUAGAAGUCGGAGAAGAUUCUUUAGAAUGUCUCGUCGUGGUUGGUGGCAUAAUUGGCUCAAAUAUGGCUGUUCAUAUUGCUGGAGUUCCGAAAAACUUUUAUUUAUUUAAUGAUACGGAUAACAGUGCACCAUCAAAAAUUUGUAGCAAAACUUCACGAGGACGUUUUUCACAAAUAGAAGAUCAAAUCAAAUGGGCAGUUGCUUCUGAUAUAGAUGCUAUUUUGAUACCUAGUGCUCAAUACGCAAAUGAUGUGCGCCGAGUUAAAGAAUUAUUGCCAGAAAAAGGAAAACACGUACUUGUCUUUGCAAGUAUAACCACAGUACGAGGUUUAGAUAAUAUUGACGGUAUACUUAAAGAAGCUGAUGGAAUAUAUUUUGAUCGAAAUGAACUUAGCAUUGAUUUGUGCGUUGAAAAAAUUUUUAUUGCUCAGAAAAAAGUUUUAGCAAAAUGCAAUGAAAUCGGUAAGCCAUGCAUAUGUAAAGCAGUGAUAAAUGAACAUAUUCCAACUCUAAGCGUCAAUGAUAUUGCUAAUCUUAUAAUUGAUGGUGCGGAUGUUAUUUCUUUAGAAUUUAAUUUCGAUACUCCUUUGAAGAAACUUUCGCCUUCUUAUAAUCCUCAUCGUAUGGCGGAACAAUGUUUAGCAGCAGCGUCCGUCAUUUGUAGAGAAGCCGAGCAUAUAUUGUGGCAGCCAAGAAUCUAUGGUAAUUUAUAUUUAAUGCAAAGUCCUCUUAAGGAGCCAUCUAAAGCAGUAUGUAUUAGCGCAGUAGAGCUGGCGAUGCGUUCUCGAGCGUCGGUUAUUAUUUGCUUAACAAGUUCUGGACAGACUGCAAAAAUUCUUUCUCACGCAAAGCCACCGUGUCCUGUAGUAGCAGUAACUAGAAUGUGCCAUACGGGUCGACAGUUGCGAUUUUGGCGAGGAGUUCGUGCAGUUCACUACUUUGAUAUGGCAAAGGCAAAUUGGAAUGCUGAAGCAGAAGCUAGAAUUCUAGUUGCUAUAGAUUACUGUAAAGCCAAAAACAUUUUGCAUGCAGGAGAUGCGUACGUCGUUUUAACUGGUACACGGCGAGGAGUUGGAUAUUGUGAUUGUGUGAGACUUCUCUAUGCAAGCACGAGAAACGUGGUCGCUGUAGAAUAAACAGAUCAGUCGGUGAGUAAGGUUUCAUGGCCCCACGGGGUAGGGGAUUGGGUCAGGGUAGACAGUGGUGGCCGCUUACCAUCAGGCGGGCAAAAUGCUCGUAUGCCACCUUUUUAACCUAAAAAAAUAGAUAUUCUAUAAAUAACAAAUGGGACCAGGAU